UUUCCGUCUCCGACCGCCGCUGCGAGAGGAGUUGCCGCCAUGUCCUUGCAUCUGCAGUGGAUGGUGGUGAGGAACUGCUCCAGCUUCUUGAUCAAGAGGAACAAGCAGACGUACAGCACCGAACCCAAUAACCUGAAGGCCCGCAACUCCUUCCGCUACAAUGGGCUCAUCCACCGCAAGACUGUGGGCCUGGAGCCGGCGGCGGACGGCAAAGGCGUCGUGGUGGUAAUGAAGCGGAGAUCCGGCCAGCGAAAGCCAGCCACGUCCUAUGUGCGGACCACCAUCAACACGAAUGCUCGGGCCACCCUCAGCAGCAUCCGGCACAUGAUCCGGAAGAACAAGUACCGCCCGGAUUUGCACAUGGCCGCCAUUCGCAGAGCCAGCGCCAUCCUGCUCAGCCAGAAGCCUGUGAUGGUGAAGAAGAAGCGGACCUGCCCCACCAAGAGCUCCUGA